CUGUGUGGAGCAGAGUGUAUGAGGGAACAAACCUUGAGUCAGAACUGAUAAAAGGCUGCUCCCUGAGCAUUCUCUUAUCCUGGGAACAAGGCUGUUAAGCUUCCUAGUCUAGUAAAGAGUUGUAAAAAUGAACAUAGAGUCUCCAUGCUGUGAGCAGAGGGCUGCAAAGGUCUCUCUAGCUGAGAUUCUGAGGUGCUUUGGGCACCCUAUAAGCGAAGAGCAAGCCUGGGCUAUUUGCUUUCAGUGCUGCUGCAGAAUGAAAGAAUUAGCCCAAGGGCUGUACCCAUCACUCCAUUCUGUAUUCGUAAAAGGUCCUGGGAGCAUCUUUCUUCAUGCUGAUGGCACUGUUUCCUUCCGGGUGUAUCAUAAGUCUGAUGCUGGCAGCAUUCAGCAGUCAGAGGACAAGCUGCUGGAGUACCUGGGAGUGGUGAUCUAUGAAGCCUUGGACUGGGGAAUUGACAGCCAAGUUGAGCGAGAACUGAGUGAUCCGCUGGAUAAACUGCUCUGCCUCAUGUUGAAACUGGAUGAUGAGGGAAUGAAGCCAACAGUCACCCUGCAGGAUGUUAUCAAGGCCUGUGAGCAUCACCUGUCCAUGCCUUCUGAGGCUACUAGUCAUUACAAAAUGACCUGCAAGAGUCUUUUUACUGAAUUUAUUGAACUUCAGAAGCUUGUGUCCAUCAUCCAGACCUCCAAAGAGAGUCUAAAAAAAAUGGAUGAGGAAGAUUUGCUGGAAACUCACAUGCAGAAGAAGGAAAAACAGUGGACAUCCCUGUGGCCCAGUGUCAUCUGUGAACUGCAGAAUGGUGUAAAGCUACGGAAGGCCACCGAGCGACCACAGCGUCCUGCUCCUCUGAAAGAAUGUACCUACUCCCCUUAUGAAUUACUUCUAGAUGAUAUUCGGCACAAGAGGUACAAACUUCGGAAGGUGAUCAUCGAGCAAAAAUGCAAAACCCCCAGCAAUGCUGUAGCUGCUCCCAAGCCUCAUCUAAAACCUGUGCUGGAGUGGAAGCCGAAGGAGUGUGUGCCAUCAGAGCCUACCUUACACAAACAGCUCAUGGCAGAAAUUAAGCAACCACGGAAGCUUCAAUCGUCAUCAGCAAGGGAAAGUGGGAGCAGGUCUAAAGAAAUGUCUGUAAUUCCAAACAUUGCCUUGAAAUCUCUGAAUAAGUUUUUAACAUCCCAAGAUGCCAGUGCAGCAUUUCAGAUCGUCAACGCAAUAGCACAGCAUCCAAGAUCUGGUCUACAGGAAACGACUCCAAAGCCGUCUUCCAGCACCCAGCUUGCCUCAGCCAGGUCAUCAGUAGUGUCCUACAGCAGCACAGGUCUUGCUGCAGAUCAUACACUUCCUCCCAUGAGCAUACCUGUGCUAGGAGACUUCCAGCCUAACAGUGUCCUGAACGUUGGCCAGCAGCAGCUGCAUCCUUUCAGAGGAAGGUCCAAAUCUUUAGACACUGGCCUUCAAAGCAAGAAAAUUGACUUUUACUUUCCUACUACAAGGCCAUCACCUACCAUUGCUGAACUGAUUGGAACAAGAUAUGCAAUGAUAGUGCUGAAAAGGGGAGGCUUUUCCCAAGGACGUAGUGAUGGUGUCUUUCCAAGAGCAAAGAUCUGUUUCAGCUGCCAUAAGCAGAUGUUUCUUAAGUGGCCUUACAGCUGUUACCUCUGCAGCAGUGUCGUCUGCUGUGACUGCUGCAUCAAGAUGUCCAUGCCCUUCAGAAUGUGUGUACAUCUUCCACUUCAUUUCUUAAAACUUUUGAGACUCUCCAGAGAAGAAGACCCAGCUAUUCAAGAGCAGAAGAACUCAGAGGUGCUGCGUGAAAUAGAGCAAUGGGAGUGUUAUAGUGUACCUGUUAUUUUGGAGCCCCAUGGCCUAGCACAGCCUCUGUGCUGUCACACAAGAACUAUGGCAAACUGGCUGACUGCAGACAUCUGUACUCAAUGUGAGCAUUAUCUGUUGAAUGUGGCUUCCAACCAGCAGCAGAACAUCCCACUCAGGAGAAUUUCCCAGUCUUGGACUAAACUGGAAUGACUCCGCUUUAUAUUUUUCCUGUCACCUGUUCUGUACCUCAAUUAAACAGCUUUAUGCACUUUACUGACAUAAAGGCCUGAGUAAAAGACUUUCCUGCUGCUUAGUCUAAGCGGGAAGUACAGUUAGUAUUUAUGUAUUGUAAAGCAUUAUAAAGCAUUGCAAUUUUUAGAAUUGUUUUAAUCCUUUUAUGUUUCUUUGGGGGAAAAUAAAUGUUGAAGCACCAUCACGGCUCUAGCGUUCCUC